AUGUUGUCAAGGUUGACUUGUCAUGAAGACAACAAUUUUAAAAGAAAUUUGCAUAUUGUCGAACCUCCUCUUUCAUAUAUCAGGAAGCAGAAUGCAAACAGAUUUGAAAUUGCGUUUGCUGUGGAAAUUUCAUAUAUUUUAUUGCAAUUAUGGCAUAGUAUGGUCAACAGAAAAGAUAGCGAAGGUAAUUCGUCUGAUUAUAUUGACAUGUUGAAUAGUUCCAUCCCAUGCAGAUGGUUCCAGAUAAGCAGAACAACUGGGUUUAGAAUUAAUGGGAGAUUGCGACGAGAAGCCGGUGCUGUUGUGGCAAAGUAUAAAAAUGCUGGAGGUGGGAAAAUCAAACAGCUCAAUGACAGUAUAUUUACAUUGAGCAUUUUAGUGAGUGAAUUGGAAUCAGUUGGAGAGGUACAAGAUGACUUGAAUCAAGCUAAUAUAGAACUGAAGGAGUGGCGGGAAAAAUGUGAAGACUUGCAGAAAGAGAAAGAAACUUUACUGAAAGAAAUGGCAGAGGCAUUAGCCAGGAAAGAUGAAGAAAUAGAAAGUGCAAAUGAACAAGUCUUAAAUUACAUUGAGAAAAUAGCACAGUUGGAAAAAUCAAAUUUUGUUUUGCUUAAUUUUGGUAAAAAAAUUAACCAGCUGGGUAAACGACAAAAACUAAGAAGAAUAAAGGAAUUAAAGGAUAGGGCGGACAUUGCAUUGUGGUUUCUUCAAACCCAUGGGUUGGAAGUGUCCUGUCUUAAAAUGAAGGAGUCUGAAACAGGAAACGUAUUUACAUUUGAUUAUAAUGAGAAAAUUACUCCAGAUGACGAUGAAAGCCUUGAAGAGCUUUUAUUUUUGCUUGACAAGUUUUGUGCAAGUGAUGAACUAUAUCAUGAGCUAACAGUAUUCUGCGAUGAUCUUCCAAGAUCAUAUUUAAUUAAACAGAAGCGAUCUGACCUUAACAAACUCUGUCAUGUCGAAAGUGUCCCAGGCAACUUUCCAGGAGCACAAAUUUCAUUUUCUACAACACUUAAAGGACACAUAAAGCAAUUUCUUGAAGAUCACCCUGACUAUUCACUGAAUGAACCAAUAAAGGUUAAAAUAAGUGGUGACGGUGCGAAAAUGUCCCGAACCACUAAUUUUAUGCUUUUGUCAUUUGCAUUAUUGCAAACUGGUGAUCGGGUGAUGUCCUCUAAAAGCAACAGAACAAUAUGCGUAGUUAAUGGCCCUGAAAAGUAUGACACUUUGAAAGUAUCAAUGAGAGAUGUCCUCAAUGAUAUUAAUACAGUUAUACAAAAUGGCGAAGUAAAGGUAGAUGAAAAAGAAGUUAAGAUUGAAAUGUAUCUAGGGGGGGAUUACAAAUUCUUGCUCAUGAUGAAUGGGCUAAGUGGUGCAUCAUCAGAUUAUGUAUGUCUUUGGUGUAAGGUAUAUAAACUUCACAGGUGGGAAAUGUCUAAAGAUCUUGAUUUUUACAAUACAGGGUCUGUAAAGAGAACUCUGUUGGAAAUAAAAGAUUUCCAGACCUCCAAGAAAUGUUGCUGUAUCAAUCCCCCCUUGCUUGACAUUGAACUUGAUCAUGUUAUAUUGGAUGAACUACAUUUGUUGUUGAGGAUUACAGACAGGCUAACAGAAAAUAUAAUAAAUGAAGUCAUGCAGAGAGAUAGCAAAGCUGAUUUCACAAAAAAAAGUGGAGAAGAAAAGGGAAUUUACCUCAAACGACUUGUUUCUGUUAUUAAUGAGCUUGGUAUUACUUUUGCAAUUUGGGAAAAAAGGAAUGCGGAUGGAAAAGGUAGUGGUAGUUACGACUGGACUAGUCUGGUUGGCUCUGAAAAGAAAAAACUUAUCCAACUCCUACCUCUUCAGCUUGAGACAAGGGAUAUUUUAUUUCCAGAAACCAGAUCUACCAUAGUGAAACUGUGGAGAGAUUUUGGCUCUCUCUACAAACUUAUAAAUACAUCUGAGAGGCAUGACAACCUUUUUCUCGAUAUCUUUCAACAAUCAAAGCAAUUUAUCGAGUUAUUUUGUUCUCUUGGUGGUUCUAGACUUGGGUAUAAUAAAGCGCGUGUUACACCCUACAUGCAUUCACUUGCUUACCACGUACCAAUAUUUAUUAGAGAUCACAUAUCGUUCAAGCAAUUUACAGGGCAAGGUGUUGAAAGGAACAACGAUGAUGCAAAAAAGGUAUUCUUCCAGAAAUCCAACAAGUGGGAUGGUGCUAGAGAUGUUUUACUAUUGGAAGCAAGACAGGAGCUACUUCAGAAAUGUGAAAGAAAGAAACGAAAAUAUGAAAAACAGAACCAUGAUUAUUGGGAAAAAGGAAUUGUUGAAUCUCAGAAAAAGCGAGUGCGAUCCACAAGCAAAGCUAUUGAAUUGAACAAUGAAAAUUCAAGUACUGUUUUGAAUGCACCACACACUGGUUUGAAUGAAGAGCAAACCAUUGAUUACAAGAAAAUGACAGUUAAACAAUUAAGGCAAGAAAUUAAAUCAAAACAUUUGCAAGUAAAGGGACUAUCCAAAUUGAACAAAAAUCAACUUAUAGAUGUUUUAAAGGAAUCUCAGACACUGUAA